GAGAAUAAAUACGUCAAUUGCAGGGAUUGCACUUUAUGAAAGAGAUCUACCUAUUAGUUCCAGCAGCUCUGGUUCCAGAGAUCUUCAAUUUUAAUGUCAUCUUCGAGCGAAAAAGGACAAAAUUUCAGGUUUACUCGUGAAACAUUAGCUGGAUAAAAUGGAGAAGUAUCAGCUAAUGAGAACAUUUAUAUCAGCGGUUGUAGAAUAUACUAAACAUCCGAAUGAAACAACCGCAUCGGUGUUACAACGAAAUCUUGGUGUAAUAAGCGUGUCAUUGGAUUCAAACAUAUUUGAUCCUGGAACCAGUGUUGCUGCAGAGUUUUAUGUUAGUUUACACGAGCUUAUGGGUACUCUGGCAUCCAGAACCACCUUGAUUUGGAGUGCAGUUGAUGUCUUACAAAAUGCUUGUCGCAAUGCUGCUGCCAGACAAGCUCUCAUACAUACUUACAAAUUUGCACCCAUAUUGGCAAGACUGUUAGAGGCUAAUUUAACAAGUGAAAAAAGAAUACGUGUAUUAAAACUACUGCAAGAAUUGACAUAUGGAAUAAAAAUUUCUUGGCAAGAAGCUCAUUUACCUUAUUUAAUAUCCAUAUUAACAGAAUGGGUGACGCAGUCCAAAGAAGAAAACAUUAUUGCUCUUUCGUUGGGUGUAUUAGUAAAUCUUUGUUACAAAAAUCUUCCAGCAGUGUAUACUUUGAUGAGAACGAUCGACACAAAAGCUUUCAUACGGACAUUGCUAAAAUUGCAACACUGUAGCGUUAACACCAGUGUACAGUGCUGUAAACUUUUAAUUAUAUUAGAGCACACAAAUACAAACAUCUCAGAAAAGUAUAUUUUGGAUUUUGCCACUGUUACAUUCAGUAGUCUUAUCACUGCAAUGAAACAGAAGGAUGUUUUGCUACUAAGACAUAUCAUAGACUUUUUCGACGAUGUUGGGCAAAAUGAACAUUCUCACUCUGUGUUACUUACAUAUCCACAAUAUGGUAGAGACGUGGAAAGUGUAUUGACUACAUUAGAAGACAAUGCAGAUCCAGAAUGUGUUACUCUUAUAAUGGAAUUUCUGUCAUCAUUGGUAAAGUUAAAAUUAUCUGCCUUAGUACCUUUGUAUCCUUUAUGCGUAAAGACAGCUAUGAUGUGGGUUCCUGUAGAACAGGUGUGUUCUAAAGCAUUGACUUUGAUAAGAGUCACCGUAAUCGAUGCACGACGUACUAAGACAUCCUGUGAAGUGUUGGCAGAAUUAGAUGCUUCGGUUUUAAUGCUAAUCAUAAAUUCCGAAAACAAUGAUAUUCAGGGUAUGCAGGAAUUGAGUUUGGAAACAGAAAUGAGACUAGCAGAAUUAAUGCAACUAUUCCAAGAAAUGGUUAAAACUCCUGCACUCAGGACCAAAGUUAUGCAGUCCUUAAAGGAACAGACAAUAUAUAAAUUAUUAAGCCCAAUGUUAGAUUCUGAAACAUGUACAGUUGGUGAUUUUCCAGGAAAGUAUAUUCAGAACCCCAUGACGAAUCUCUGCAUUCAUGGGUUAGCUUUAACAGCUGAUUUGGCAGCUAAUAAUUCCAACUGGUUAACGCUAUACUCUGAGCUGCUUCGAAAAAGGCAGAUACAAAUGACCAUGGCACAUGCAUUGUUUGCUGGCGAUGCAGAUGUUAAACAGAAAGUUUUACAGUUAACAUCGACUGUAGGAUUUCCUCAAGAAUGUGUUUCUGCAGUGGCGCUUUGUAUGAAGCAAUUGGAACCUCUGAUAUUGGUACAGAGUACUCCUGGUGUGGUAGCCACUGUUGGAAGUCAAAUGCCCAUAAAUUCGAAUAACGAAAUGGCCCCACUUUUUUCUUUUGCGCAAGAAGAACGACUCGAUGCCUUUUUAGCAAAAUUGAAAAGAGUUUACGAGUCGAACCAAAUCGGCGACAUCACCACGUCGGCAGUAAUGGAAUUAUAUGAAUACAAGUUAGCAGCGAUGAGACACGCAGAACGAGCCAUGCAAUCCAGUUUAGAAGCAGCGAACAAUCAUGGGAUCAGUUUACAGCACAGACUUGCGCAAGUAGUAGCAGAGUCAAGUCGCCUACAUCAAAUGUUAUUCGAUACGCAGCAAUGCUUAGAAGGAGUCAAGUCUACAUUAACAGUGAAGCUUGCUGAUGCAGAAGAGCAAAGUAAAAAAGCAGUAGCUAUUAAGAAACAGGAAAUUGAAGGUUUGAAAAAGAUAGUCACUGAAAAGUCUGCGAACAUUGAACAUCAAAACGUAUUAAUAUCGCAAUACAAGCAUGAGCUGGAAAGCAGUAUCAAUAGAAUGGAAGCAUUGACUAAGAAAAUAAAAGAACUUGAAGCGGAACGCACGAACGCGGAUGCCAGAACCACGGAAAUAGUUAAUAAGAAUCACGAGCUGAGUAAAGUUCUUCACAAAAUGCAAGAUCAACUUAACAAGAAGGAUCAGGUGAUAGAAUUAAAAGACACAGAAAUACAAUCGAAUCAAAAAGAUAUUUCUGCACUUAAGCAAGAAACACAACAAUUAUCGCAAUUAGUGCGCACCUACGAACAGGCUAUUGCAGAAAGAGAGGAAAGUCUGAAGAAGAUGAGAGGAGAAUUGACGGAUUUGAGCCGCAUGAGAGACAUGAUCUUUGAGCUUACGGCCAAGAAAAAGGAAGACUUAAACGCAAGCUAACAUCGUCUGCAUAUUAUUUUUAAAAUACAAUUGAGUUUUGAAUAUUAUCAAAGAAA